GCGAGAUUAACGCGAAAGCAGUUUAGAGCUGUGCUCUCGCGGUACUUUGAUGUCAAACGCCGAUCGAUCUGCGCAGCGCGUCGUGAAGUUUAACAAGACCACGUGAUAACAAUACGGAAGUCUGGUACAUAUGGACCAGAGAGUAUGCGUGGCGAUUAAUUCGACAACUUUCUAGAUUUUCGCUGUCAUUAAAGCUUUGUGGAUAUAACAUAUGGAGCGCAAGCUGGCAGAAUUCAGAGCCCGAAAGAAAGUUCAGACCGAAGCGGCGAAACCUGCUGAUUCCGAAAUUCAGCCUGAGAUUAAAGUUAAAGACGCCGAGCUUCAGAUGAAAGAUCUUGAAUCCUCCACAAUUUCUUCUGCUAUGCCAGAGCUAAACCCCCCCACCAGCAUUCAGAGGUCACCUACAGAGGUUGGUGGAGAUGGUGUGCUGGACUCUGGUUCUAGGCACUGGCUUUUCACCAAGCUGACCCUGUUAAAGGUGCUACUGUGGUUGGUGCUGCUGGGACUCUUCAUUGAACUGGAGUUUGGUCUGCCGUUUUUCCUCAUAUCUCUCUUCUACUGGCUCUAUGAAGGUUUAAGGAGCCCAAAGGCACGACAGCCAGGAGAACUGAGCGCAUAUUCUGUGUUUAACCCAGACUGUCAGCCCAUCCUGGGAACUUUAACAGCAGAACAACUGGAAGGAGAGAUGGGAUACAGACCAAUGGCCAGAAGAUGACUGAACAAAAGCAUCUACACACAGCCUUAGAGUUUUGCCAUUUAAGUAGUGCACAAUAAGAGUAUAAACAGGACCUAAAACAUACUUUUAUACAACCAAUCUGCAUUAUAUUAAUGCCUCUUAAUUUAAACAUAUGGGGCGGUUUCCUGGACAGGGUUUAGAUUAAGCCAGCACUUGGCUUUAGUUAUAUAUCAGGUUAUUUAAGGAGUUUUUACAAACAUACCUUACAAAAAUAUUACUGGUGUGCAUCUUUAGACAAAACAAUUGCACUGAUAUAUAUUUUAAGAUAUGUGAGUGCAAGGUGUUUUUAAUUAGGACGGCUUAAACAUGCAUUUUAACCUGGGACUAGGUUUAAGCCAUGUCUGGGAAACCACCCCUUAAUGUAAAACUAUAAAUCAUAAAUCAUUAUUUUUAUUAAAGUUGAGACAAAAAUUAUAGUUUACGUAAUACAUCAAAUACACUACCAGAAAAAAGUUUGGAGACACUUGACAGUUUAUGUGGCAAAAAGUACUCGGUUAUCAGAAGUUUUGACCUCCACAUUCUGCAUUUAUUAAAUAAUGCUUUUAUCUCAGUAUCACACAACAUGAUCAUUAUGAAUUCAGACAUGAAAUAUAUUGGUGAUGGUUUUAUGUCAUCUGUCAUAAUCUUCAUUCUGUUAUAUUAAAAGAAUUAAAGAGCACACACUACAUUCUUCUA